AUGUUCAAGACUCUUAUGCUCAUCACCAUCCAGGCCUUAGUCAUCCAGAACAUCUCUGGUAUCCCAAUCGGUGCUAUACGGAAUGCUCCCUGCGCAUCAUCCUAUGCUCCACUUUCAUCACUUUAUGGAUCCUAUGGUCUAUAUAACCCAGCAACCUUAGCUGCAUCUAAUGGUGGAGGUCUCAUCGUCACAAGCGCUUCUCCUAUCGAACCUAUUGGUGUAUCCGUUCUGUCAGAAAUUAUUAUCGAAGGAGCUCUUGGAGUUAUUGGAGAAGUUCCAUUCUUAGGAACUAUCGCUUUAGAAGGAGCUUUGCCAACCCUUGGUUCUGGUGCAGUUACUUAUGGUUGCGGUAAUGGAGCUGUUGGUAUGGUUGCUGAAGACUACGCAGGUGCUUACAGUGGUUACGCCUCACCUUAUAAUUAUAAUGUGUAUGGUUAUAACGGUUGCGCCGGAUACGGAAUAAUGUUU